AUGUUCAAUGCUAGUGACAAAAUUUCAGCACGUAGGUCUCGAUUCCUCCUCUCUACUGGGACUCCGAUGAGCCCGCGAAUGUCUGCCUUCUCCAGCUUAAAUGCAGAUAUUUUAUUGUAAGGCCCAGCCGAACAUAGCAUCCGGUCCAUGCGGAUGACAGUCCUCUGUCUCUGCAAAUGGCUGCACUAUCUUCACCUUUGUCUACUACUAGUAGUCUGUGAUAGUUUGAAGUGGGGAUUAAGUUGAGAGGGAGGGAUUUGAACCGUCACAGGCCUGCACGGAAAUGGUGUGGAUUUUAGAGGAAAUUCAGUCAAUUGCAUUUCAGUGAGCAGGAGCUUCCAACUACCUGACAGUCGCAUAUUUUUACUCUCUAGGCGUUGUACUGGCACGAGACUCAGCUUUUCUGAACUCUCUCUACACAUCUCAUCGAUUGGGCCUUGGAGGACCCAUUGGCUCCGGACAACAGUGGCUCUCCUGGAUCCACCUCGCCGAUCUGGUGGACUUAUUCUACUUCCUCAUCACCCAGCCCACUGUCGCGGGCUCGGGCGUCUUCAACGGAACAGCACCAAACCCCGUACGACAGGCCGCCUUUUCGCGUGCCCUCAGCCAGAGUCUGGGUGCUCCCCUUGCCGGUCGUGUGCGUACACCUGCCCUGGCAAUGCGACUGCUUCUGGGUGGGACACGGGCAGCUAUGGCGUUGGAGGGCCAACGAGUCUUGCCUGCACGGGCCCUUUCACAGGGCUUCCGAUUCCGCUUCCCUACGUUGGAAUCAGCCCUGGAGGAUAUCUACGGUCGGCGACCGUCUCCCGUCCCAACCAAUUAG